AUGGCUCAUGCUUGCGUCUCCACAUCGGCGUCUUCUCUCAGAUUCACAGCCGGAUUCAUCAGUCCCAAUGGCUCCUCUUUCGAUUCCCCGAAGCUUUCUCUCCCUUUCGAGCCCCUCCGUUCAAGGAAGACGAAGAAGUUAGUUAGCGACAGAAAGAAUUGGAAGAACUCGUCCCCUAAGGCUGUAUACUCCGGCAAUACCUGGACGCCGGAGAUUCCUUCUCCUCAGGGAGUUUGGUCCAUAAGAGAUGACUUGCAAGUCCCUUCUUCACCGUAUUUUCCGGUGUAUGCUCAAGGACAAGGACCGCCUCCUAUGGUGCAAGAGCGUUUCCAGAGUAUCAUUAGCCAGCUCUUCCAAUAUAGGAUUAUUCGUUGCGGUGGUGCUGUGGAUGAUGAUAUGGCUAACAUAAUUGUAGCUCAGCUUCUGUACCUUGACGCUGUUGAUCCUACUAAGGAUAUAGUCAUGUAUGUGAAUUCUCCUGGUGGAUCAGUUACAGCUGGCAUGGCUAUCUUCGAUACUAUGAGGCAUAUCCGGCCUGAUGUGUCCACUGUUUGUGUCGGUCUAGCUGCUAGUAUGGGAGCUUUUCUGCUUAGUGCUGGAACCAAAGGAAAAAGAUACAGUCUGCCAAACUCAAGGAUAAUGAUCCAUCAGCCGCUUGGUGGAGCUCAAGGUGGUCAAACUGACAUCGACAUUCAGGCAAAUGAAAUGCUGCAUCACAAGGCAAACCUAAACGGGUACCUGGCGUACCACACUGGUCAAAGCCUGGACAAGAUAAACCAGGACACAGACCGCGAUUUCUUCAUGAGUGCUAAGGAAGCAAAAGAGUAUGGACUUAUCGACGGUGUCAUCAUGAACCCUCUCAAAGCUCUUCAGCCACUUGCAGCAGCUUAA